UUAUAUAGUCAAUGAGCGUUUAAGACGUUCUCAGUUGGUGUAGCAGUUUAUAUUCCAAAAAAUAUAUUCUACUUUUCCAUCUAUGAAAAUAUAUUUUUCAUUUAUGUCAUCUAUCAAAUGAAUAGUAAUAAUUAAUCAUACAGUAAUCUCUUUACUUAGGUAAAUUCAAAUUUGAAUGACAGUUGAUUUCAUUAAAUAGCAACACAUAUUGUCACUUGUUAUAUCUUUGGUGACAAAAGUAAAGUAGUUCUAUUGUUUGAAUCUAUCGUUUAUUUUUAAAAUCUCAUCAAAACGGGGGCUGAACAGUCAAUUAUGUCCGUCUCCCAGAUGGAAAGAAAUUUAUUCAAUCUCAAAUUUGCUGUGAAGGAAUUAGAGAGAAAUUCCAAGAAAUGCGAAAAAGAAGAAAAGGUGGAAAAGGCAAAAAUAAAAAAAGCCAUUCAAAAAGGUAAUAUGGAGGGCGCACGAAUUCAUGCAGAAAAUGCAAUUCGCCAACGUAAUCAGGCACUCAAUUAUUUACGGAUGAGUGCAAGAGUUGAUGCAGUAGCUAGCAGAGUACAAACUGCUUUGACUACACGCAAAGUUACUCAGUCAAUGGCUGGAGUAGUUAAAGCCAUGGAUGCAGCAAUGAAAUCAAUGAAUUUAGAAAAAAUUUCAGGUCUUAUGGAUAAGUUUGAAAGUCAGUUUGAAGAUUUAGAUGUACAAAGUUCAUACAUGGAGAAUGCUAUGUCUCAAACUACAACAACAAAUGUUCCACAGAAUGAUGUUGAUUCUUUAUUGCAACAAGUUGCAGAUGAAGCUGGUUUGGAGUUGAAUAUGGAAUUGCCAUCUGGACAGUUAGGUAGUAUAGGUACAUCUACUAUCAGUCAAGAACAAGAUGAACUUACACAACGGUUAGCAAGACUUCGUGAAUAGUAAUACAGAUGUAAAAUCUAGUUACAGCACAGGUACAUAAUGAGAAAGAUAUAUCUUUAUCUGCUAUAAUUUGCAUUAACUUAUUAACCUUUUGACUGCCAUAUAAGAGUUUAAUGGAAAUGAUCACCGUAUACUAUCCUUGUCUAUAAUUGCUUGGUAAUUACAUACUAGAUAUUAUAAACGCCUACAAUUACACAUAUUUAAAUUUCAAUUUCUUUUUUGUUUUUUAGCCAUAUACAGAGACUGGUUUAUUUUGUAACGGUCAAUGUACAAAGGGUUAAAAGGAAACGUAUACAAACAUUUUCUUCAUGUACACUCCAUGAUCUUAAACCUUUUUCUUAAACCUUAUUCAUUUAUUUCGAGUGAAAUUAUGUAGUAAUGAUAUAAAAAGCUAAGAUCUUCCACCUGAGGUUCAUCAUUGGGUUUCUCAGUUAUUUGUAUAAGACAAACAUAUAUUGUUCAGUAAAUGUACAUAUUUAUUUAAAAUUGCAGAAUUUCGUUAAACCAAUUGAAAAAUAUUAUAAUAACUAAAUAAUAGAGAAAUAAUUGAGAAAUAUUAUAGCUUAAAAUGAUUUCAAAAUUAUAGCAGUAUAUAAAUAUAUUUAUAGUCAAUGGAAUUAUACAGAGUGUUCCAUUUGAAGUUACGCACGCAAUUAUUUCCCAAACUAUAGUUCGUUUUAAAAAAUGUUUCAAAUGGAACUUACCCUAUCCUGGGAAGGAGGGGGGCAUCUUAUGGUGAUCACAAACCUUCUCUAAGUGGAUGUGCUUCCAAGAUUUCAAGGUGAUCUUUGUUUUUUUAUACGGAACUAUAUGUUUUUAUUUAGGUAGGCAUGUAACCCGUUCCGGGAUGAAUUUAUCGAACUAUAUUUAUUUAUUAUUUCUUAGUCCAUGCCUUUCGGCUUUAGACGAACUUUCGGUUUUACAUCUCUUAUACCUAUUUCGCUUCUUAUAUAUCUACCUCCCCUUUUAUCCACUCUAUUGUAUUGCACUUCCUUAAUUAUUCUAUCUCUAAAAACUAAAAACUAAUAAUGACUAAGAACUAUUACAACUUUUGGGCUUUUGCCUCCUUGCUGUGCUUCCUUAUUGUCGUUCCUCCCAGUCUUGUAUUGCCCUUCUGUUCUCUAUUAUUGCUAUUAGUUCUGUUAGUCCUUCUCUAGUCUCAUUUAGUAUUUUUUCUGUGUCCUUUGGUCCUCCCAUUAUUUUGCAUUCUUCUAUUACAUGUCUCAGGUCUUCUUCUUUCCUUUUACAUAGUCUGCAAUUUUUUUCUCCCUCUUCUUUCCAGUAUUCCCUUACUUUGGUCUCGUUCCCACUUCUGAAUCUUGCUAAUAUUUUUCUGUCCUUCCACUUCUGUCCUCCCUUCUAAGCACUUUAUUAACUCUUCUUUGGCGAUUUUUCUGUAAUGUGUGUUAUAUUUUGAUUCCCUUAUCCUUUUCCCCCUCUCCUCUGCUUCUCUCUUCUUUCUUUUAUAAUUUGGUCUGCUGUCAUCCUUUCUUGCUCUUCUCUUGCUUCCAUCUGUGCCCUUCCAUUUCUCACCUCUUCUAGUCCCUUUUUUCUCUUUCUUGCUCUUUUCCCUUCUUGGCCAUUUCCCCAGUUUCUCUCUCUUUCCUUUAUGCACUCCUUUACUAGUUCCUUUUUUGAUUCUAAGGCUUUCUCUUCAUACCUUUCUGCUCUUUUUAAUGCUUUUUCUUUGAUUUCUUUUAUCUUGCAUUCUUCUAUCAAUAUAUAAUUUGGUGUUAUCAUAUCUAAACCUAAGAUCCAUUUCACAUAUCUUCUUUGUAUUCUAUCCAAUCUUUCUUCCAUGUUCCAGCCCCAUACCUUUGCUCCAAACAGCGUCACGAUUUAUCGAACUAUAAUAUAUUGGUGUUUGAAGGUCAUUUAUUGCCGUUCAAAACAUACUGUUGUUGAACGUCCAGAAAUUGUUUCUUAUGUAUUCAAAAGGAUGACUUUUGUAGUCAGUACAAUUAUUUACUCUAUUCCUAUAUGAUAGCUGCACUUUUUCGAAAGUGACAGAACUAAUUCUUCCAAAUUCCUCACAUUCUUCCAAAAUUAGAGGCAUAUUGGCAAUCUUAUUGCGAAAUUGUUGCGAAUUUAUUGCGAAUUUAUUAUUGCGUAUAAUGAACCAUCGUAAAUUAAAUCGUUACCGGAAGAAAGUACACGUAAUACUGUUUGCAAUAAUAUUGAUUCCUUUGAAGCAACUGUCAUACAAAGUGAGGAUAUCUGCCUAGUAGCAAAUUAUAGUUAAUAAUAAACAAAUACGAAUAACGAUAAAUCGCAUCAUUUGUGUAAUUUCGAUUCAUGUUUACAUCUGAAUUGACGCAAUACUUCAGUAAAUCAAAUCCUGAGAACGUUCAAAGAAAGUAAGUUUUUGAAAGGCAAUGAAUGACCUUCGAGUACCAACAUAUUAUGAGUCGAUGAAUUCGUCACGAAAUGAGCUACACGCCUCCUUAAAUAAAAAGAUACAGUUUCGUAUAAAAAAACAAAGAUCUCUUUAAAAUCUCGGAAACACAUCCACCUAGAGAAGAUUUGUAACCACUAUAAGAUGUCCCUUCCGAAAUUAGGUAAGUUUUAUUUGAAAUAUUUUUUGAAACGAGCUAUAGUAUGGAAAUUAAUUACAAACUCCACCUGGAACACCUUAUAUAUCUUUCCCAUCUCUGUAACAAGUACCUAUAAAUAAUGAACACGUUAAAAUGUUCAACACAAA